AUGGAGAUUAAGCUAGAUGUUCUCAUCUCUACAUGUAUCAAACAAAGAAAACCAUGGCCUCGCAUCUCAUGGCUUGGACAGGAAAAAGAGGCUAUUUUUCUUCUAGAUGGUAAACAUAUAAACGAAAUUAACCUGGCAUCAGGGAAGACAAAGAAGAAAAUCCCUCGGCUGCAGUCAUUGUUGAAAAAUGUAGUUGUUUUAACAACAUCGAGAAAUGGUGCUUGGUUGGCAGGAAUACUUAAAACAGGAGAGCUAUUUCUUUGGAAUAAAGAUCAAGACUGCUUGAAAAUUGUGCCAGCAGUUGAAGAGUCUAGGAAAGUAGUUGCAGCAGCACAAGAGUGUUUAAUGAGAUUGUACUUAUAUGUAUCUGGAGAUGGCAGAAAGGCACUAUUAGCUACUCCUACAGCAUGCGUCUUUUUGUGGGAGAGCACAGAACAUGAAAAUACAUCCUCUUACAAACAUUCUUCUUCUGGGCGUUGGACGCAAAUUUUGCCUGAUGAGUCAGUCAUGUUGCCUUCUACUGAAGAAAAAGAAAUUGGAGUGCAUGCUGCUUUCAUACAAAACGAGAUACUGGGUGAUUGCUGUUUGUGCUCUUUUGUGUUUUACUCUGGAGAAUGUUUGGUGCUCACAUUUUUGAUUCUUCGAUGGCAUGAAAAUAGCUUUAAAUAUGUUAGUUCUUUGCCAUACCAGAUCCACUGGGUACAGCAGACUUGUUUUCUUGUUAAUUUGGUUCCUCAGUGUGUGUCUGUAAAGUCAAGAGGAGCUUUGCUAUGUGCGUUUGCAAGAGAUGGACUUCUGCUUGCAGUGGCUGUUAAUCAAACUGAUCCAAAGGCAACUCAGAUUUUGUUUUUAAACACAUUGAAUUUUGUAACUGUUUCGGGUAGCCUUAAAGGUUGUAGUAGCAAGAAUAGCAUGGUCCCAUCCAAGUUUAUCAGAUCUUACUGGGUUGGCGAUAUGAGUUGGACUCCUGAUAGCCUUUUCUUGGCUUGCAUGUUAAAACGUGGAUCUUUGAUUUUAUUGACAUGUAUGGGUGAAUUGCUGACCAUGAUUACUUCUGGCUGCUCUGUAGAGUUUGGACCGGCAGAGUUUAUUCCAUUUCAUCCACUAAUAACAUACAGACAGCAACACUCUUUUUGUCAAGACUCUAGUCAGUCUCUUGGUUCUUCAGCUUCUGAAAGUGACCUUAUGAGACAGAGAUUCUCUGUUGCUUCACAUUCAAGAUUACCGUACCUCAUUGUCUCCGAUGGAUACAUGAUAACAGUGCUUAGAUUUCCUAACAACCUUUCACCAUCAGGAUUUGUAAGAUCCCUUUUGCUUGAUUCAACCCAACGGCUUGAAAAUAUCCGUCGGAAUUUGCUGAACUCCAAGUCUAAAGGGAGACCUCUGUGUUUACGAUCACUGUUGUCUUUAAAAGCUAGUCUUCUAAAACACGCUCAAAACCAAAGUUCCAUCUUUUCCACCGUUCCAAAAUUCCUGGAAGAGGACACAACAGAAACGAGUGAGAAAACCAUGGAUUUACUGGAUUAUGAAGAAGAAUCAGAUGACGAAAAGCAGUUUUGCAAUAGCCCUUCCAGCUUCUAUAGCCAAAGAAUCCAUUCGUUUGUUGGUAAAGCUGAUCAAGGCCACUUAGAAUUUGCGUCAAUGUUUGAUACCAUCCAUGCAAAAGACAAUACUGAAGAGAAAGAUACAUUAUCAGUGGAACUAUAUUCCAUUCAGAAAAACCUCCUUGCUGCAUGGCAGAUCGGGAUUUCAAAAAAUAUGGAAGAGAAAGAUAUGUUGCUGAAUUACACAGUGAACUGCAUUAUCCACUUUUUCAACAUUCUUCAGUUUGUGAAAUGUUCUUUGCUAUACCAGGAUGCAUCUUUAAACAAGUCUGUGAAGAAUACUCACUGGAUGCAUUGUGUCCUAAAAUAUUUUCAGCAGUGUUUAACUGUCUUGUACUGGCAUUCAAGAGCCAGUCUGACUGGGCACGUGGCAAAGCUGACAUUACAAACUUUAAAACUGAUGCUUAUACAGCAACAAGAUCGGUUGUUCUCAAAAAACCUUUUGGCAUGCUUCUGUCUUUUAAAGAUGGUUUCUCACACUCUAAGUAGCGUGUGCAUACUACAGUAUGAGAAUUUUUUUGCAUCUCCUCAUGAUAAUAGUCUCGUGGAACUUGACUCCCUCACUGUGCCUGUUUUCCUAGUUCUUGAUGAGAGUACUACUCAGCAAUUCAGCUCACUGAAAUCUCUGCUUAGAGAGCCUCCUCGAGCCGUAUACCAUGAUGCAAAAACAGAAAAAAGGUUGAUUGUACUAUGGCAAUUAUUGUAUAAGAAAGUGGUUUGGUAUCAGGCGCAGCUGAACAGAAAAGUGAACAAGAAUGCAGAAGAAGAGUCUGUUGUCUUAUUGCUUUUAAGUCAUAUACAAGCAACCCUCCAGUCUUCAGGAGUGACCUUAGAACAACAUUUGAAGAUUAAUUCUGUAUCUGGUGAGGAAAAGUUCCUUUUAGGCUCAUACAGAGAAUCUGUGGACAUUUGGAAAAGAUCUCUUUGUGAAAUCAAGGCAAAAGGAGGAAAAAGAACAUGUUUUCUUCAGAGUAGAUAUUAUCUUGCAAUAUUGUUUUGCCACCUGUAUCAAUAUAACUUGUGUGAGGCUCAGGGACUCUGUGAUCAUCUGGUAGGAGAGAUUCUAAGGCGAUCACAGCUCUCAGUGAGUCAGAUGGAAAAAUUUUCUGAAACCAGGUAUUUUCAACAUGAACUAUGGAUGGUAACAGAUGUUCAUACUGAAACUGCUAUGGCUGUGAUUCGAUCCAUGGCACGAUUCAUGGCCGCUUAUUUCACAAAUCAGCUGCUAUAUAUCUUUCCCCCGCACAAUGUUGACAUCCUGCAUCCACUUCACAUCAAACAAGACUUAUCUCCUCGUAUUAUUCCACUGCAACACUGUUUGGUUACCAGAGCUGUCAGGGACCAAAACCUUUCAUCUGUGUGGACCGCUGAAUAUGCUCUUGAUUUGUUCUUUAUUGGUGGACUCAUUCCAGAGGCUGUGUGGUUAACACACAGACUUGGGGACUGGAAACUGUCUGUUUCAAUUGGUGUGGCCUACCAGCUGUAUUGUCAGAACUCUGAUGAAUUCUCAAGAACAGUUUCUUGUUAUAUUUUCAGACUGAAAAACACAGCAUGUCACCUGCCAUUAAGCUUAUCACCAAUGAAGGCUUUUCAAGAAAAGUUACAAUCUUUGUUGGGACAGCCAGUUACUUCUGAAACAUCAGGAUGUAUUAAAUACAAGCAGUUUACGGAUCCCAUUGAAGAGGAAGAUGCAAAUGUUCUUUAUAGUUCAAUACAGGAACUACUGAAAGCAGCUGUUAUGGCAGAUGCUGAUAUUCUGUCAGAGACAUUUCAGCUUUUGAUGGAUUCUGCCAAGGAUCUUAGCAGAAAAUUGUAUGGUUUAGUUCCAGAUGGGCUUUAUCUUCCAGCACCACCAUUAUACUGUCCUCAGCCAGCUUCUCUCAGUGAAGUAAGCGAAGACUGCAAUGACAUUCUUUUAAAAAUUGAGAGAGAAGGUCGUCAGAAAGUGUCAGGAGUUCUUCAGCGAAUUAUCUUGCUCUUCCGGGCUGCUCGUUGUUCCUGCCCUGCAGCACAGUGGUAUAUUGCACAACUGAAGUGGGCGAGAAAAGUUAUGCAAAAAAUUCGAAUGAAAGGAUCUCUUCCUUCACUGAGUCCAUUCCCAGAGACUUUGCUUCGUUACUCCAAUUUCCACACUGUUUUCUAUAGAUCUGCAUCUUCUGGAGACCAUCAGUUUGAUGAUACUACCUGUAAAAUUUUAGGUUGGUUCAGAGAGCUGUGUGCAUUGUGUUGGAUGUUUCAUGUUCGUGAAAGAUUGUCUGACACAUGUAGGCGGUACCAAACUGCAAGGGAAAAUAUUAACAAUCAUAAGGAUGCGAAGAAGAAUGAAUAUGAUGCCUCCACAGUUGAGCAUUGUCUGAAUGCAGUGGAGUGGGCUUGUCGAAUGCUUCCUUUCUGCAGGUUCAUGAACAUGGAAGAAUUAGUUCAAGAUGUAAUUUUGAGUCUGCUUGGAGAAUUGCCACCAGUGAAAAAGGUGGCAGAGAUUUUCGUAAAAGCAUUUCCUAAUCCUGAAGAUAUAAGAGUUCCACUAAGAGAUAAAUAUCAUAGACUUCAGCAGCGACUCAGACACAGUAUUGUUAAAGGUCCUGAAAGUGAAGAAAUGAUGUCUAUUGUUAUACAGGCUACUGAGAAAGUGAGAAUGAAGGCCUUGAGACGUGUAAUAAGGAAUAUAGGCCCCAUAGAAAUUAAUAUUUGGGAGCCAGCAGAAGAGGGCGCAGCAGAUGAUGAGGAACACUGUUAUGACAGAUUCUCAUUAGGCACUAGUCUAAGCAGAAGCACACUUACUGAUCUUGGGAAUCCUCAGGUAUAUAGUGAUGCUGACACAGCAGAUACACUUUCUGAUGUUUUGUUUACAGAAGAAAUGAGAGCUGAAACACCUUCACUCCAAAGGGAUAAUGAACAUCCGAGACAAGGAGAAAUAGGUAGCAAAAAUACCACAUGCAGGAUAAAAGCUCUUAACUGGAAAACAAAACAUAAAGACAAAGUAUAUGGAAAAGACAUGCAUAAUCAGUGUAAUUUGCCUAUAGUUGGUUCAUGGGAAUUUGAACGUGAUGAUGAUGAAUAUGUUAUUUUUUUAGAACUGUUUUUGAGUUAUGUUCUUGAGAGAGACCUGAUAAAGUACAGUGACCUUGGAAUUCCAUUUCUUACUAGCUUUUCUGGACUUCUUCGAGAGCAUGAAUUAAACUCUCUCUUUUUUGAUGUUCAUACAACACUAAAACGUCGACAAGGCAAAACUAGAAGCCAAAGUGUGUUUAGAGCAGGAUCUUCCUAUACUGUCACCCUGGCGUCUUGUGAUCCUGAAACAGUGUCUGUCUAUAAUGAAAAACAAAAUAUUUUGGAAAAUCCAACCAUUGUACAGUCCAUUGUACAGAAAACAGAACCUUCUGUGAAUAACCUAAUGAAAGGACUUAAUGAAGGAUUAUUUGGUUUAAAACACAAGUCAAUUUACAGAGCUCAGAGUGACAAUCAAGAAGUCACUGUUGCACCAGCAAGCCAGGCCCUUCCUAACCAUCAUUUCUCUAGCCUGCAAACUCAGGCAACUUCUAAAUACAUUUACAAAACUGUUGAUACAGUUGAUAUUGUACCAGGAGAAGAACUAGCUAUAGAAUUGAUUGGUAAGCUGAGCAAUAUUGCAAAAUUGCUUGAGUGGAUGAUCAGAUGGUCUGAUAAAAGACUGCUCUGUGGUUCCACUAAACAAGAUUCCUUAGAAGAGAUUCUCCCUGUGAUACAUGUGAAAACUUCAGCAGCUGCUGUCCUUACUUCUUUGUGGCUUUUAGAACACUUAUACAGCGACGGAUCUCAAGCAAAGAGCGUAAAAUUUAAGAGUCCGGAUAAUCAAUAUCUGAAAGAAUUUGCAUCUCUAUCAGAAGCCCAGUCUAAGACAGAGAAAGAAAGUAGUAUGGAUGAAGGCUCUUCCAUACUGGCCAGUCCUCCUCUUGAUGUCCGGAGUGUACAAGCCUAUGAUGAUCUUUGUGAAACUGGUUUUGGAAUGUCUACAAAGUCAAAAUAUUUUGAUAACAAGGAAAUUAAUCGUAGGAAUUAUUCUGUACCUCGUAUGACUGAAGAUCUUAAUGAAGUGGGACCAUUUGUUCAGGAGGAGUUAGAUGUAACAUCAGAAAGAGAAGAGUUCUUCGAGGAGCCAUAUGAAACUCCAAAAAGCUCCAGUAGCUCUGUCAAGAUCAAACCUGUAGAACAUCAAAGAGGAAAGCAGGCCUCCAUUUCAGAUGUAGAUAGUCCCCAGGAAGAUCAAAAGGCAGAAAAAACGAAGAAAGGAAAGGCUGAACAGAAUGUCAUGGCUGAGGUUGUUACUAGCACCAUUUCUCACUCAUUCUCUUUAGAACAAGAUGCAGAAGUUCCCAGUAAUACAGAGAUUUCUCUAAGUAACGGUCAGCCUUCUCAGACUGUUGUGUCAACUAUGUCAAGUGCUGCCUCCAAUACUUCCAUUUGUGCAAAGAAGCAAGAAGUGAAGGAAGAAGUCCCUACAGAAGAGAAACUAAACACAUCAGAAACUGUCAGGCAGAUGCUCCAAGAUGAAAUGUUUAAGUUAGUUCAGCUCCAGCAAAUCAACUUCAUGAGUUUAAUGCAAAUAGUGCAGUCAUCCUUUGCCAGCCUGCCAAAUGUGCAACCAAUUUUGCAGCAGCAUCAAUCUGUUCACCUGGAAGGAAGCCAGCCUGCACACACUGCCGAAGGCAAUAGCUCUCUGAAAACACAACUGCCCACUCAAGAAGAUAAAGGAAAACCUGGUCAAAAGAGCUCCGAUUUUCAACCAAGGAAUAGUUUAAGAGAUGAAAGCAACAAUGGCCAUUUAAAAAAUCAUCUGGAUGUGAAUGUUUCUUUAAGCCUAUUAAAAAGCCACAGCAAAGAAACAGGAUUUAUGCCACCAUCUCAAGAUUUGCAUGCUUCAGCACCUACUAAACCACUUCAUCUCCUAGUUCCUUCCUCGGACAUCCAGAAAACACCAAAGCUUAUCCCUAUUGAAAAAAACUUGAAUUACUCAAAUGGAUUUCCUUUGCUUAAGCUUGAAUCAGGUUAUCAUUUCAAACCGACAUUUUUACAUCCAAUAGAAAUGUCAUCAGCUUUUGCUAGACCACCCCCAGUACCACGAGUAGCUUGGAGUUCAUCACAUUCCUUACGGAACCAUCAGUCAUCAUACACACCAAGAAAGAGUAAGUCAAAAGAAGAUUUGAACAUGAGUAGAUAUGACCUGGAGAUCCCAAGGCAAAUGCAUGAGGAAGAAAAAAGAUGGGCAGAAACAGUGCAUAAGGGACCUCCCAAACACCUGAAUCUAGAUCAGUAUGAAGGACAGCAAGAAAUUUCACCUCGGCAGCAGUUCUCUGCAAAUGUGAAUAUGGGCAAAGCACUGAUCACUCAGAACCUGGCUGGUAUUCCACUGUUGCACUUGCAACUUGACUCAGUACCUAGACUUCCACCAGUUGUAAGGCAGCCAAUCACUACUACUUUAAUACCUGUUAAACCUGCAACAAAGGAGACUGACUGUAGAGAAACACUACAGCACACAGGAAUAUCACUACUCCAUGCUAAUUUACCUGAAAAAAAGAAGGCACCAAAACUCAUUCCACUUCAAGAUCUCAUUGCAUUUGAGCAACGCCACCAGCAUCAUACUGUGCCCAGUACUUCCUUUGGACAAGAGCAAACUGAACCUAUCCAGUUACUAAAAACUGAUGUUGAACCAUUUGAACGAAGAGAUGUGCAGAAUAAUAGAAAAAGACAAAAGAGGCGUGAUAUGAAACAAAUGAAAGAGAAGGAGGAAAAGAAGAAACCAAGUGUGUCCUUCUGCCCGGAUGACUCCAUCAUCAGUAUUAGUGAUACAGUGAUGGUUGUUGAAUCGGGGACUGGGGAUCAACAAGCAGAAUCUACAUCUUACCUUCAGGAUGGUUUUUUCAUUUCAGUGGACACAAUGGGGGAAGCAAUUACUACAGCAGAUCUACAUUACAUGGCUUCUACAGGAAAAAAACCAGCAGAAACUCAAGAUGCAAGUACAAAUACUCACUCAGUGCUCAAAUCGUAUCAGGAUGUUGGAGUCAGUGCUGGAAAUGAGGUUUCUGAAGUUCGAAAAAAUGAGUCAGUCAUGUCUGUUCCUGUGUCAGAGUCAUCUAAUGCCCCUGAGAUACUACCACCAGACAUGUAUUUAAACCUGAGAUUCCCCACUGAAGUGAAUGAGAGACAUUUACCAUCCUUUCUGUCAGAUGCACCUGAUUUGCAUGAACAUGAAUAUAUCAGUGUGAUUGACAUUGAAGACAGUGACAUCCUUAACAAUUUGCCCAUGAUACCUGAGUCUGCAGAAGAGAGAGCUACUGCACAGCAAAAUGAGAAGUUUGAAAUUCCAUCUACUGCAAAACUUCAUCACAUGGCAGCUUCUGUUACUAAUGCAAUUCCACCCGAGGUGCUUCAGAAGAAAGACGAUCAUCUGAAAAAUAUAUCAAGCCAAGUGCAAAAGGAAGAUAAGUCAGAUUCUGCUAGAGAUGGUGUAACUUGGAACAUAGUACACGAAGAUAACAGAACUUUUCGUUCUUCAGGGCUUCCAUCUGCAGUAAUUGGCAAAGAAUACUUUUCCACAAAGCAGCAGGAAAUGGAUAUGCAAUUACAGACACUACAGAACAUAACAGAAAACAUGGAGGAGGAUUUCAGAAAUACCAAACUGCUAGUGAAAAUAAUAGAAGAUUUUGAAAUUGCUGCCAAUGCAGACCUUGGUGCUUGUCCUUCAUUCUGUGAAGAUGCUGGAAUCAUUGAUGAUGAACAUUAUUUGAGGGGCAUGAUUUUUGAAGAUGUUACAGGUGAUGAAAAGGAGGGCUUAAACUUGGAAUAUCCUGUACCCGGUUAUACUACAUUGGAAGUACACUCUCCUGCCUCUGCAGCCUCUGCUUCUACCUUUCGCGGUGGCAUAAAGUCAUCUUCUGGCUUUGAUGUAUGUGGAGAUCUAUGUGAUAGCUCUUUAGAAGAUCGCCUGCAAAUUACUGGUCUGAGUGGUGUUACUGACAUCAUCAGUGAUCUUGUAGUAGAAGGUGACGUCUCUCCAUCGGAGCUGGGCUUUACAAAAAUACAAGCUAAGAAAAUCUCUAGGGUUCAUCAUUCUGCUGCUGGACAUUCUCAAAAAACAGAAAAGGAAAAGAAAGAGAUACAAGCAUGGAUGAAAAGAAAGCAAAAGGAAAGAAUGAGAGAAUAUGUGAAGAAACUGGAUGAACAAAGACAGAAAGAGCAUAAUCCAUUCAAUCUAAGAAAGAAUGUGCACAGUCUGACUUCAAAGGAUAUUAAAUUCUUCCAGAAGAAGAAAGAAGAAAAAGACAAAGCCCUGUUAUCUGAACAUCACAGUAUGAGAAUAUCACAAGCACUUUCUCUGAUGAAUGAAAUGUUAUCUGAAACAGUGGUGUUACCUGCAAAUGAACAUAGACCAUUGUCCAGGACAGGAUCACCUCAAGAGCACAGAAAAAGGUGUAUGGCAUCUACUAAAGGAGGGCAUCCGAACAGUCCUGUUCUGUCAGAAAGGAGCAGAAUUGCUGCCAAACACAGCUUUGGUCAAAAAGUACACCGCUUCACCCCAACUCUUGGUUUAACACAGUCCAGGGGAAAUGCCUGUAUGCUCCUACAGAAAAGUACUUCCAGAGGAAGAAUGAGAAAUGCUGCAAACUGUCCUGUUAAUUCUAGGCACUCUGCUGAGUACAGAGCCAGCAGAACAUCAAAACAAAAGCCUCCACAAGUUGCCCCUGCAGUUCAGACAGAAGGUGUUGAUCAAGAGACUGAUCGAGACGUAGUAAGUCCGUGGACUGUGCCUGAUGAUGUCCAAAGAAUACUUCAAGAUACUCAUGACUCCUUGUUUCAGGCCUCUGCGCUGCAUCCUGUGAGUUUCUCUCCUCUCAGCAUUAUCGACACUGAUGGUGUUUCUGAAAGCACGGGAAGUAUCCUCAGCAAACUGGACUGGAAUGCAAUUGAGGCUAUGGUAGCAGAUGUGGAAGACAUGUGAACAAAAUUUCUCAGCUGCUGUGCACUUCCAAACAGUUGCUGGUGCUUGGUUUCAUUUUUUAAAAUAAUCAUUGUUCUACUUAAAAUGGAUUGAGGCUUGCAUUGGUUUUCUUCUCAAGCAGCACAGAAACUCUCACUGCUUUCAGUCUGGCCUAGAUGAAAUGUAGUUUGCUUUCUGUAUGUCUUCAACAAGAACUAAAUAUAGUUGGUAAAUGCAGACCAACAGUCUUAAACAAGACCUUCUGGGUUGGCUACUUUGCCCCUGUCAAAUACAUAAAAAGUUUUCUUCUAUUUUAGAGCGCUGCACAACUGUUUUACCUUUGUAUUUAAUAUUUAACAUCGUUAUGGAUGAAGUUAUUUUUUGACUUAACAAUUGUGAUAAACUGAUUUAAUAAAAGUGAGU